ACACCUGCUUACGGCUGCUGUCAAAUUGUUUUGCUGAUUGCACUGACAGGACGCAAGGAACUCGCUGUCGCUUUCAAAGGCAGUAGUUGUCGCCUUCCAAAUCAGAGAACAAAUAAUUUUUCGUUGCGAACGGACAAGUGAAGUGGUUUUUAGUUUUAAUCCGGAAAAACAAAUGUUUGAAUUCCAAUAAUAAACUUAAAGUUUGUGUAGCGAAAAAUCUCUUCAAUUAUUGUUUGUGUACGCCUAGGAGCGUACGUUGUGUCAAAAAGUCACCGUCCUUGAUUGCAAGUGCAAAUAAAAUUCAAAGGCCAAAAAGCUGCAGACACCAGUAUCGGAAUUGGCCGCCGUCAACAUAGUAGCGGUGGUAUUUGGAAUUUUAGAAUUUUUAACCAAAAUCACAAAAACAAACAAGAAAAUCUUCAAACCAGAGUAGCAACAAUUGUGUGUGUGUCUAUACUCGACAUAGAAUUUAUUAUUAAUUAAAUGAAUUGUGGAAAUGUGUAUUAUGUGUGAUCGCGAGCAAAUAUUGUUAUUGCUAUAGAAAAAUAGCCAUAAUUGUUUACGUGAUGAUUUGUUGAAAGAGUAGUCAAGACCGUGCAAUAAUUCCAUAGUGUAUAACCGCGUGUAUUUUACUGCGUCCAUACAGAUGUAGAUCAAUGUGUGCGUACAUCAAUGUGUGUGUCUAAAAUAAAUGCAUAUGUGCUCAUAUGGCUGUCAAUACUGGCGCGCUUAAAAGGCAAAUAAGAUUUGUGUCACUUUUCGUUGUGCGGUAAAAGCAUUUUUCCAUAUAUAAACUAUAUGUAUAAACUACAACGCACAACUGUAAAUAAAUACUUAGCAUAUCUAUAAUCCCAACAAUAAUAAAAAUAAAAAUAAAAAAAUAAUUCAUAUAUAUUUAUCAGCACUUCUCGAAGAAGUAAGUAGUGGCGGAGUGAGCAAGUUACAUACAGUCCAUUUUAUCUGCAUUCAUACAACAGCAACAAGAUGGCUUUGCCCAGCAACAAUACUGGUAGCGGUAGUGGUAGUGGCGGUGUUUUGGGCGCAACCGGCGGCGGUAGUGCUGGUGGCGGUGUCGCCAAUAAUGAUUUGUGGCGCGAGUGUGUUGCAUGGUUAACGCGUUGCAAAAUUAUACCACCCGAUCACAAAGCCAAUUGGCCCGACUCAGAAAUACGCGUCCUUGCCUUGACGCUGCGCGAUGGUGUUUUACUCUGUAAUUUGGUCAUUUAUUUGGAUGCCAACAGCAUGGAUCCGCGCGAUUUCAAUCGCAAGCCACAAAUGGCACAGUUUUUGUGCUGCAAAAAUAUCAAACUUUUCCUGGAUGUGUGCCGCAAUCAUUUCGGACUGCGCGAUUCGGAUCUCUUUGAGCCCACCAUGUUGUAUGAUUUAACGAAUUUCCAUCGUGUGCUGAUAACACUCUCGAAAUUAUCGCAAUGUCGGAAAGUACAACAACUGCAUCCGGAUUUAAUUGGUUUCAACAUUCAACUCUCGCCCAGCGAACGCUCUCACUCCGAUGAGGCCAUUUACAAGGAUCUCCAUUCAACUAGCGAUGAACCGCGCAAGAAUGGUGCCAUUGACGGACAAACAGAGAAUUGUGAUGUCAUCUCGAUUAGUGGCUCACUCUCGGUGGAGGAUGAGAAUAGCGACAUCACCAUUGAGAAUGGCAACGAAGAUACCGAAGAAUAUGAAGACGAAUUCACUACAAAUCUACUGGAAUCCAUUGAUGAUGAACAGAAAUCCACAUACAGUGGCAGUUCUUGCAGCACCGCUGUGACUGCACGUAUUUACGCCUCGUCUGCGCAUACGCGCAGCGCUACGCUGGGCAAUUUGAGUGGCAUUAAUAGCGUACGCACUUCCGUUGGCGGACGCAGCAGCGUCGGCAGCACCCCCUCUGUCAGCGACAGUUUGGGUGCCAUAAGUGCGUCAUCGAAUUCGAGUGACAACCAGAGUUUGCAGCGUUUAGCUGCGACAGCAUGGAAUUACCAGGCGACUGCCAGAGAAGUGGGUGGCCACGAGUAUCUCAAUGAUAUUUACUUUGAAGAGGAUGAAAAAGUUUACGAGGACUUAUGCUACGUCACGUUCUCGUCGAAGGCAACUGAGGUUACCACCGACAGCAAUGCAUGUCACAACGAACAUAUAAACACCAAAGAAGAGGAAGUCUAUCAAGAUUUGUGUGCUUUACAAAGAACCAGUAGAAGUCAGAUCACCUCAGCGACCAGUUUCGAGCAACGUGAUUAUGUCAUACGCGAACUGAUCGACACAGAGUCGAAUUAUCUCGAUGUCUUAAAUGCAUUGAAGACAAAAUUUAUGGCGCCACUCGAACGUUACCUGAAUCCAGAGGAAAUCAAACAAAUAUUUCCGCGUAUACGCGAUCUCGCUGAUAUCCACACAAGGUUUCUGGAAAAACUACGUGAAUCUCUCUCGCCCAAUGCCAAAGUGAAAAUGAGUCAAGUAUUUUUGGAGUUCCGUGAGCCAUUCCUGCUCUACGGCGAAUACUGUUCCUGUCUGUUGGGUGCCAUUGAUGUGCUGGCUGAUGUCUGUAAGAAGAACCAAAUUAUUGAGCAACUUGUGCAGCAAUGCGAACGUGAAUACAAUGUGGGCAAAUUGCAAUUGCGUGAUAUUUUAUCUGUACCCAUGCAGCGAAUUCUCAAAUACCAUUUACUAUUAGAUAAACUAGUCAAAGAAACUUCACCGGUGCACGAGGAUUACCGCGCAUUAGAGCGUGCCAAAGAGGCCAUGAUUGACGUAUCUCAGUACAUCAACGAAGUGAAACGUGAUUCCGAUCAUUUAGUGAUCAUACAGAAAGUCAAAGACAGCAUAAUCGAUUUGCAUUUGCUGCCAAACGGUACCAAUGAUCUCCUGCAAUACGGUCGUCUCCUGCUGGACGGUGAAUUGCAUAUAAAAGCGCAUGAGGAUCAGAAAACUAAAUUACGUUAUGCAUUCGUUUUCGAUAAAAUACUUAUACUGGUGAAGCCAUUGCAUACGAAAAUGGGCGAUAUGCAGUACACAUAUCGUGAUUCACACUAUCUCUCCGAAUAUCGUGUAGAACAGAGUCAUACGCGACGCACCUUGGGUCGGGAUACACGUUUCAAGUGUCAACUGUUGUUGGCACGCAAGUCGGGCAAGACUGCUUUCACGCUCUACUUGAAAUCGGAGCCGGAGCGUGAUAAAUGGCGUAAGGCGCUCACGGAGGCAAUGGAAAACCUGGAUCCACCUGGCUGUCGCAAUACAGAUCACAAAAUGGAGAUUUACACUUUUGAUGCGCCCACAACAUGCAGACAUUGCUCGAAAUUCCUUAAAGGACGUAUACAUCAGGGCUACCGCUGUAAGGUCUGCGAAAUCGCCGUACAUAAAGGUUGCAUAUCCUCAACGGGUCGUUGCAAACAGAAUCCGCUAAGCAUACCGCCACCGGUUUGUGAUCGACAGCUCUCAGAGUUUAAUUGGUUUGUCGGCCCAAUGGAUCGCGAUACAGCCGCUAUACGCUUGGAAAAUCGUCGUGUCGGCACAUAUUUACUGCGCGUGCGUCCACAAGGUGCAUCCAAUCCACAUGAGACCAUGUAUGCGCUGAGUUUGAAAACCGACGAUCAUGUCAUUAAACACAUGAAAAUCAACCAGGAACCUGAUGGCGAUACAGUACUCUAUUGCCUGUCAUCGCGACGUCAUUUCAAAACUAUUGUCGAACUGGUUUCGUACUAUGAACGCAAUGAUUUAGGUGAAAAUUUUGCGGGCUUGAAUCAAUCCUUGCAAUGGCCCUUCCGCGAAGUGAUAGCCACGGCUAUCUAUGAUUUCGAACCGAAAGGCAGCAACCAAUUACAUCUCAAAACAGGCGGCCAAGUGCUGGUCAUUGGCAAAGACGGUGACAGCAAAGGUUGGUGGCGUGGCAAGAUUGGUGAUACGGUCGGCUACUUCCCCAAGGAGUACGUGCAGGAGCAUCCACCGAUUAGCGAUGAACUUUGAUAUUACAAUUAUGUAAUUUAUGUUGCGCAACCAUCGGACCAACAUGCAAUUGCAUCGGAUAAUACAAGUUUAACGGGUGUCAACAACACCGGAAGAGCGAUAGCGCCCAGAGGUGAGCAGUAGUCGCUCAAACCCUCAAACGUUGUUUAAAAAAAGAAAAACUUAAAACAGGAAAUGGGAAGAGAACAAUAAACGAUGGUUGUUAAUGGAAUGCUGCUGCGCACACGAGUUGCACGUUGCAUAUACAUACACAUCAAUGCUUGUAGCAGUGUGUUAGUGUGCAUAAAAUAAGAAAUAAAAAAACUUAAAAUUAUGAAUAAUGUUAUUGAUUGUGCCAAUAGCUUUUUAUAAACAAAUUUUAAUUACGUAUUUUUACAUUUACGUAAUCGUGUAUUUAUGUAGUUACUUAUACACACACACAUACAUAUAUAUUAUACAUAUAUAUAUUUUAAUUUUGUUAUAUCGUUUUUUUUAUACUAAAUUGCAUAAUUGUGUAGUUUUUAGCUAGUAAGUACGUCUAUUUUAAAUUAAUAUUUUAACGUUUAAUGUGCGUGACUAUAUGUUUAACUGAAUAGCUUAUCUUAUACUUAGGUUUUUAUGAAAUUUUAUAUAGUUUUAUACAAAACAAAAAUAUAAUAAUAAAUAAAAUAAAAAAAUUGAUGAUAAUAAAAGAAAAAUAAAUAAAAUAAAAAUAUUGAUUAAAUGGAGAGGAGCUUAAUAAUUCGUAUAUGUAUAAGGCGUGCGCAUGAGGAAAAUCAAGCUUUAAAAUGUUAUAUUACUUAGUUUACAAGUAUAUAAGCAACGAUAUAUACUGAAUAGUGAUAAAUGAAAAAAAAAAAUAAAAAAGUAAACUGCAAACAGCAGUGGUGUAAACUCAAAUAUGAGAAAAAUAUAUUAAAAAAAACUGUGUAAUGCAUUUCCAGCAUAAUUUUCAAUUCAAUAACACAAUACAAACCAUUGUGCACAAUAUAUAAACAUAGAUAUUACAAAUAUGGAAUUAAAUGUGUGCACAAAAAAAAAUAAAUAAAAACUUUGAAGAUCUACGUAUUUACAAAUAUAAAUAUAUAAAACCAUAUACAAUUGUGUGAGAAACAACAGCAAACAAAUAAAAAAAUAUUGAUUUGGCAUAGCACAUAAAUACAUACAAAAUGAUAUAUAUUUGAAAAAUCGCCAAAUCAAUUUAUAUACACAUACAUACAAACAUCAAUAUAUAGGGCAAACAGUAUAUACAUACAUACAAACAAAAUUUGAUAAAAAAUUAAUUUUAUUAAAAAAUUGAAUUGAAAACGGUUAAGCGAAAAUGGUGAUGAAUGGCAGCAAAGUAUAACGAUUUUUGAACGUGAACGCAUGCAUAUUAAUGUAUGUACAUAUGUACAGCGUAGUGUAUUAUUAGUAAAUCGAGCCGGUCCUAAGAGUGCAACUCUCGAAAAUUUAGUAUGCAGGGAAAAUUAUUAAGCGCACCUGAAAACGAAUAUCUACAUAUAUACAUACAUACAUACAUAUUUGCAUAUAAAAAUACGAAGUAUCAAACAUAAAUUAGACAUUUCGAAAUUAUAAAGAGGAAAAAGCACUUGAAUUAUGAAAUGCAAAAUGCAUAGAUAUGUAAUUCAUAUUCAUAUCCAUAUAUUAAAUAUUGAAAUUUUGAUAAAAAUCGGUUAAAUUGUAUUUAUUAUAAAAUUUAUUUAAAUUGUUUAAAUUUUAUUAUACUUUUUCUUUGUUAUAAUUUGUCCUUAUUGAAAAAAAAAGAAACUCAAGCGAUUAAUUCUCUAUAUUUUGUCAGUUUUCAAAAGAAGGCUUAUAUUUGUACAAUCAACUUAUAUUUUUGAAAAUUUCAUAGCACUUGAAACCUCUUAGUCUCUUCUUGAAUUGAAAUUAAUUACCUUAAAGUCUAUCGGUCAUUUCCAGCUUGAUUUAUAUAACCUAUAAUUAUUAACUGUAAUCAAGCUGCUGAUAAAGGAUAGAGGAAAUCCUGCUAAGCAUCUGAAAAACCAAACGUGUCAAUAUUGCGAUAUCGAUUUUUUUCUAGAUUUUCUUUUAAUAUACCGGAAUACCGCAUUUCAAAGGAAAUUUCGAUUUCGAAAUUUUACUUUGAGAAGUGGAUACUUUUUUUAUCUCUUCAGAAAUUGGCUUAGAGCAAUAGCUAAGAGCUGUUUCCUGUUAUCGUUUCUAUUAAUGCAAAUAUCUUCCAAACAAUUUAUGACGAAUGUCUUCUUCGGCACAGGCCUUUACGGGAUAUACAUCCACACCAAUCAAAAGUUGACUUUUUAAAUUCGUUUAAUAACAGCCCUGGGCCAAAAAAAUCCGAGUCAAUUCCGGUAUCGUAGAACCGAUGUUGUGGGAAUCAAUGUACUAAAAAGGUUUAACUUUUUCUUCAAUGGCUUCUCACUACUGUUAGCCAAAGUCACAAAAUAUUUGCAAUAUAUGUCAGUUGUUUGUUCGAUUCGCUGCUCUUUAAGCCUCAAUUAAUGGUAAAUAAUUUCCAAAAAAAAAAAAAAUAGAUGGGAAAAAGUUCAAAUACAUUUGAAACAAUUUCUUGAAAAUAGUAUCAAAAAAUGUAAUUAUUUUUUUACAUAUUUUAAAAACCAUAACAAAACAAUUCAAAUCCAAUAAAUUCUUCCAAAAGGAACCAAUUCUGACACUGAUACUUCUAUUUGGUGCUGAUCAAUAAUUUUAAGCUUUUUUAUAAAAUUCAACAUUUUUUUCAAUUUGCACAUUUCUUUUGAAUUUUUUCAAGUUUUAUUUUUAAUUUUGGUUCGAUGUUAUUUGAUUUUUCCUCUUUCAUAUGUCUUCUUCAUGUUGUUCGUUAAACAGAGUACUUACAAAUCACCGAUAUUCGUUAUUUAAGGUACUCAAAGUAACAAAUUUGCAAAUACAUAAUUAAAACGAAUAUUCGUUAUUUCGGAAAACUACUUGUUUAUAUUUUUAAAUUUAAAUGGUCACAAUUCGAAACAUAGUUUUUUUAU